AUGUCCGAGGCCUAUUUCCCGGUGGAAUCGGGCGCUCUGGGGCCCGAAGAGAACUUCCUGUCCCUCGACGAUAUUCUGAUGUCCCACGAGAAGUUGCCGGCCCGCACCGAGACGGUCCUGCCCCGCCUCGGAAUGUUUUUUUUGGAGCGAGGCAGCAGCAGCGGCAGCGGCGGAGAAAGCGACCGCGGCAUUCCCGAGGGCUCAAAAUUGGAAAUUCCCCUGUGGCUGGCAAAAGGACUUUAUGACAACAAGAGACGGAUACUUUCUGUGGAACUCCCCAAGAUUUAUAAAGAGGGUUGGAGGACAGUGUUCAGUGCUGAUGCCAAUGUGGUGGACCUCCAUAAAAUGGGGCCCCACUAUUAUGGCUUUGGUUCUCAGCUCCUGCAUUUCGAAAGUCCAGAGAAUACAGAUGUGUCCCAGUCUCUCUUACAGACAUUUAUCGGGCGUUUCCGCCGUAUUAUGGACUCCUCUCAGAAUGCCUACAAUGAAGACACCUCAAGCCUGGUCGCCCGGCUGGAUGAGCUGGAACGGGGCUUGUUUCAAACAGGCCAGAAAGGGUUGAAUGACUUUCAAUGCUGGGAGAAGGGUCAAGCUUCUCAGAUCACAGCUUCUAGCCUGGUUCAGAAUUAUAAGAAGAGAAAAUUCACAGAUUUGGAAGGCUAA